UUACCAUUGAUAAGUCAUUCCGCCGAGAGAUCUUGACCAUGUUGCGUCUCACAGUAAAGCACGGCUUGAGGGCCAGUUCCCAGCUGGCUGCCACCAAAAACCCAGAUGCAUCAUCCUACGUUCAGCAACUGGAAUCUGAAUGGGAGAGCGCAAAACCCUUUACGGAAAUUCCCGGGCCAACACGCUGGCAAUUAUUCCGCGGCUUUCAAAAAGGCGGUCAGUACCACCAACUGGGAAUGGAUGAUGUGAUGCGAAUGUACAAAAAGCAGUUCGGCGACAUAUGCCUGAUACCCGGAUUAUUCGGCAUGCCCACCACUGUGUUCUCGUUCAAUGAGAAAACCUUUGAGAGGGUCUAUCGCACCGAAGGUCAGUGGCCAGUCAGAGGUGGCGCCGAACCCGUCCUCCACUACCGCAGUAAACGAAAGGAUGAGUUUUUCAAGGACUGCGUGGGAUUGUUCACCAAUGGCCCGGAGUGGGGAAGGGUUAGGAGUGCCGUGAAUCCCGUCCUGAUGCAGCACCGGAAUGUGGCUAUAUAUCUGAAACCGAUGCAGCGGGUCAAUCGGCAGUUUGUGAAUCGCAUCCGCGAGAUGCGGGACACGGAAUCCCAAGAAGUGCCAGGCGACUUCCUAAAUACCAUCAAUCAUUUGACCUUUGAGUCAGUGGCGACAGUGGCCCUUGACAAAGAACUGGGACUGCUCCAGCGGGCCAAACCGCCGCCGGAGGCCAGUAAACUGUUCCAGAACAUUGAAGUUCUCAUGAAUUCCUUCUUCGAGCUGGGCGUAAAACCAUCGUUAUACAAGUACAUCUCCACACCCACCUACAAGAAGUUCAGUCAGGCCAUGGAUGAAAUCUUCGACACCUGUUCGAUGUACGUAAAUCAGGCGAUAGAAAGGAUAGAUCGUAAGUUGUUAGAAGGUGAUUCAAGCGAUCAUAAGAGUGUUCUGGAGCAGUUGCUGCAAAUCGAUAGGAAACUAGCCACCGUUUUGGCCAUGGACAUGCUAAUGGGCGGAGUUGAUACCACCAGUACGGCCAUCUCUGGUAUAUUGCUGAACCUGGCUAAAAAUCCGGACAAGCAGCAAAGGCUCAGGGAGGAAGUUCAAAGCAAACUGACUACACUAGAUCGAGAAUUUUCCUUGGAGGAUAUGAAAUCCCUUCCGUAUCUGAGGGCAGUCAUCAAGGAAUCGCUUCGACUGUAUCCAGUCACCUUUGGUAAUGCCCGAUCCGCCGGAGCUGAUGUUGUUCUCGAUGGCUAUCGAAUCCCCAAGGGCACCAAUCUUCUGAUGACCAACAGCUUUCUGCUCAAGGACGACGGAUUAUAUCCCCGGGCAAAGGAGUUCAUCCCGGAACGCUGGUUGCGCCAAAAGGGCGAAGACAGCUCGGAUGUCCUGGUGAACCCUAACUUAAGUGCCUUCAUCUACUUGCCAUUCGGAUUCGGACCACGCAUGUGCGUGGGCAAACGGAUUGUGGAUCUUGAAAUGGAACUCACAGUGGCCAACUUGGUGCGAAAUUUCCACAUUGAAUAUAAUCACCCCACUGAAAAUGCCUUUAAGUGCACAUUCUUGUACAAGCCCAAUAUUCCUCUAAAAUUCAAGUUUACCGAUGUGAAAUAUUGAAAAGUGAUAAAGCAAA